GACUUGCAUUUAGCGAGGGAAAGCUAUGGAGGGAGCAUAGGAAGUUUGCGCUCACCAAGUUGCGUGAGUUCGGCAUGGGGAAGGUCAGCAUAGAGAAGAAGAUCCAGGAGGAGGCGUCCGCCUGUCUCGCACAUCUAAGGGACACCAACGGGGAGCCGCUCGAUCCACAGGCUCUUCUCAGCAGCUGUGUGUUGAACGUGAUUGUCUCCAUCAUAUUCGGUGCUCGGUAUGACUACGCCGACCCCGCCUUUCUCAGAUUUACCGACGAUAUCAACGCCAUCUUCCACAAUACCAACGUACAGGGCAUGCUUAACUUCUUCCCUGUGCUGCGACACCUGCCCGUCUUCAGCCGCAUGCUGAAAAAGAUGGACGCGGGGUACGCAGAGUUGGACAAGAAGCUGGAAAGUAACAUAGCAGAGCACGAAGAGCAGGCGACGGAGAAAGAGGGAGACGUGAGAGACUACUUAGACGCAUACCUGCUAGCGCAGCGGAAGUGGGCGGCCACGGAUUCGGCAUUCACUACUUUUCAGCUGCUCAUGUCUGUGCGUGAUCUGUUUCUCGGCGGAUCUCACACCGUCAUGACGACGCUACGCUGGGGUCUGCUUUUUAUGCUCAAAUACCCUCACGUCCUGCGGAGAGUGCAGGUCGAGAUCGAUGACGUCAUCGGACGAGGGAGGCUACCCUGCAUGGCGGACCAAGACAACAUGCCGUACACGCGGGCGACAAUAGCCGAGGUGCAGAGAGUAGCGGACAUUGUGCCUCUGAGCGUGCCACACAGAACGACCACCGAGUUAGAGCUAGGAGGCUACGUCAUCCCCGCCGGUACGGCGAUCCUUGCUAACCUCACGGCCAUCCUGAACGACCCGAAACACUUUCCCGAACCGGAGAAGUUCCGCCUUGAGCGCUACCUGGACGAGCGUGGAGACUUUGUGCAAAACGAAGCGCUGAUCCCGUUCUCCAUUGGUCAUCGCGUGUGUCUAGGAGAGGCUCUCGCAAAAGUGGAGCUGUUCAUAUUCUUCACAAGCAUUCUGCAGAACUUCAACAUCGGACUACCAGAUGGCGUUACCGAUCCGUCUAUGGAUGGAAACUUGGGCAUCUUGUGGAUGGCAAAUCCGUAUCUGUUACAUUGCGUCGCGCGACAGUAAUCCACAAUGAUGUCAAAACCCCACACCGUACGAGUCAUAAUGUCUGGAACUUGCUAUUACUCACGUGCGAUGAAACUGAAUUACUUUACAUUCAUAAGCAAAUCAAAAUGUCUAUGUAAAUUUGGAGUUUUUUACCAUUGAGAUCUCCAAAACAA